CGUUAAUCAUUGACUGCAUCGAUCGGUAAGAUUAGGCCGUAACAGAAUUUGGUCUUUUCCGGCUGCGGCUGUGGCUUUUUGUCAUUGGCACGAUACACGGAAUAGCUGUAGCCGUCAACAGCAAUGCCGGUGUCGCAUACCGCUUAGUAUGCUGGUUCUGUACACGCACUGCCGAGCUGAAAAAUAGUAAGGCAUAAUUAUUGUGUAAUAUUAUAACCAUCAAACAUGUCGAGUCAAACUGUGUGUGUACGUGAAACCAUCGAGUGAACAUCAGUGAAUGAAGGCCCAAGUUGAUCCGUUGGUUGUCAUGGCUUCGUAAUUUGCAACCACCUCCUAAUGUCACCAGAUACGUGCAUUGUUCAUUUGACAUUGAAAUUGUGCGACGUCAUUGAAACACAAUGAUAAAUCUCUGGAAGAUUUGAUAUUAACGCAAGAACCCACGCAGCAAGCUCGUCGGGAUCCUGAGUGAUCAUCACGUUGAUCAUCACGUUGGGUGGGGUACAAGACCACGAAUGCCAUAUUGUGUGGUAGAACCAGAUGUUCUACACGUUAAUGGCCUCACCUCAACCAGCAACUGUAACCAGCAUCACAGAUCGAGAGCAACAUGCACGCAUAUAGUGACACGCAGUAGCCAUUAUGGAUCCUAUACAUUACGUGUAAUGCGAACGGCAGUGGUAGCUAGUGGUGCUUGAUAAUGAAUUGUAAAUUAACAUAGCACUCAUAAUUAAUAGCGGCGGUUGUAUGAUGCACAGACGACGGCUGAUGCUCGUAUUGGCGCUGCUAGCGGGGUUGUAUUGCACGAGCUGGUUCAAGAUCAUGACGUGGAGUUCGUUCAGUCAGAACCAAGCUUCACUGGAGAUGGAGGAUAAUACGGCAGGGAAAAACAUCGCCGGGCAGGUGGAGACUGAACAGUUAGCAGGACCGGCAAUCACUUACAAACCCAUGUACAGCAAGGAAGAGAUCAACCCCCACCAUUUCCAUUUUCUGAUCGCCAAUGUAGACGCCUGCACCUCCGCAGAUAAUACCUCCGUGUUCCUGGUUAUGCUAGUCAAGAGCAGCGUGGAAGACGUCUACGACCGGGAGCAGAUACGACGCACGUGGGGCGGAGACACCGUGGUAAAAGACAAGCGGACGCUCACCAUGUUCCUCCUGGGAACCAUCACCGGCAAUCAGACCACCACUCUCUCGGUCAAAGAGGAGAACGACCGGUACAACGACAUCAUACAGGAAGACUUUGUCGACUCCUAUCAGAACUUGACCAUCAAGAACAUGAUGGGGCUGAAGUGGAUCAGCAUGUACUGCCCCAACGUGACAUACGUGGCUAGCGUGGACGCGGAUGUGAUGAUCAACGUGAACAACCUGGUGACGAGGUUAUCGGACAAGCCACGGCGGCAGUUUGCUGAGGGAAGCCUCCGAGCCAAAGCCGCUCCGGUCCGAGACUCGAAAGGCAACGCCAAGAAGUGGUACACUCCCAAGGAGGUGUACCCGGAGGCCACGUAUGCGCCGUUCUUCCCUGGCUCCUGCUACGUGAUGUCAGGGGACGUGGCUAUCAGCAUCUACGCAGAGUCCUCUCACGUUCGCUACCUACCAUGGGACGAUGUCUUCGUGGGCCUGGUCAUGAAGCGUAUCGGAGUCACGCCCUUACAGGGUAGAGGGUAUGAAAAAUACCCCCGGAAGUACGAAAACAACACCCUCAGGUGGACGCUGAAGCACGCCAUAGCCGUGAUUAUUCGCCACCAAAAACACAAAGUGGACGAACGUUUGAUCAAAAUUUGGCAAACUGUUGCCAACACCCAGAAGCACGACAAAUUUGACAAGUAUGACGUGCUGUUGAUUUUCCUGGCCGUUAUCGGAGUUUUAGUUGUGUACUUGCUCAUCGCACUGGCAUUCCUUAUAAAAUGUCGGCAAGAUGAAUCCGAUUUGGACGAUUAUGAAAGUGACGAUAGCUUUGUUGAUUAGCUACAAAAUCCAUCAAAUGUAGUGGCCCUAAAGGGACAUUUUCAUUUAUUAAUUAUUAAUUAAUUUCUUUUUUUAUAUUUAUUUUAUGGGGCCACAUAUUUCUUUUUCAUUUGAGCAAAUGCAUUGCGAACUACCGAACAAAGUAAUCGGUGUUGUAUUGCCAAGAUCGGAGAGAAAUGCGACACUUUGAUUUCACUUCUGCUCAGGGCUAUCAUUCCUUGACAGGGAAUGGCUCCCAUAAACCAGUUUGGUACAAAGAGCACACAUAAAGAGCAUGUAGCAGUUUGCGAUUGGAAAAAAAAAACAAAUUCAUCAUUUUUGUCUUACAGUCUACAUGCAUAGUUAGCGUUCACAUUUUUUACAAAUCUUUACUUCUCAACAAAGUAAUGAUGUUCAACAUAGGCCAAAUAGGCUAUAGUUAUGAAUGUCUACAUGAUAAUGGCAAUCCAAGCAAAAUCGAGGGAAACCUUGGAAACAAAGGCACAAUAUUAGUUUUAAAAAAAAAACAUUUUUAACAUAA